AUGGCGGGUCUCUUCCAGCCCGUCUCGGCGCUGCGGCUCCUCGCGCGCCCCGGCGGCGUUGCGCCCAUCCGCAGCAUGCGUACGUUCAGCACGCUGGGGAGCAUGAGCUCGCACGUCUCGAGCCACGCCCGUCCCCGCGCCCCGUACCCGGCUGCAGGCUACUUUGGCCCUUCGUACCUGCCCUUCUCAUCGUCCAAGGCCUUCUCCUUCUUCACGCCAUCUCGUUUCGUCUCUUCGUCUUCGCCCGCUUCCGCCUCUGCUGCCGCCUCCGCCUCCGCCUCGACCGAUGCCUCCGUCCCCAAGCCCGAGGACGUGCGCACGAUCCCCAAGUCGCUCCCAACAUGGCUGCUCGGCUGCUCCGCUCUCGUCUUUGGUAUCAUUGUCAUUGGUGGUUUGACCCGUCUCACUGAGUCUGGUCUGUCCAUUGUCGAGUGGAACCCCAUCACUGGCGUCCGUCCCCCGAUCACCGACGCGGAGUGGGACGCCGAGUGGGAGAAGUACCGCCAGUCGCCCGAGGGUAUCAUGCUGAACUCGGAGAUCUCGCGCGCCGAGUUCAAGAAGAUCUUCUACAUGGAGUGGGCGCACCGCAUCGCCGGCCGCACCCUUGGUCUUGUUUUCGUCAUCCCUGCCAUCUACUACUGCACGCGGUACAAGCUCCCCCGUGGCCUGCCCACGACGCUCCUCGCCCUGGCGGGCGGUAUCGGUUUCCAAGGCUUCCUGGGCUGGUACAUGGUCGCGUCUGGCCUGAAGGAGGAGAUCAUUGAGAACAAGGAGCACCCCCGAGUGUCGCAGUACCGUCUCGCGGCGCACCUCUCCGCCGCUCUGGCGCUGUACAUGGGCAUGUUCUACACUGCGCUCACGCUGCGCCGGGACCAGAAGCUCGCCGCGCAGUACAAGCAGGGCGGUGCGGGUGCUGCGGCCGUGGACCGUCUCACGACUGCGCUCUCCUCGCCCGCCGUGAGGCGGUUCCGCGGCCUCAUCGGCGGUCUCACCGUCAUGGCCUUUAUUACCAUUGUCUCUGGCGCGUUUGUGGCCGGCCUCGACGCCGGGCUCAUCUACAACGAGUUCCCGUACAUGGGCGAGGGCUUCCAUCCCCCCCUUGACGAGCUGAUGGACCCGCGCUACGCCAAGAAGGCAGACGGAAGCGACAAGUGGUGGCGCAACAUGCUCGAGAACCCCGUCACGGCCCAGUUUGACCACCGCGUCAUGGCCAUUCUCACCUUUACGGGCCUCAUUGCCCAGCACCUCAUCGCGCGCCGCCCCGUGCUCCGUCUCGGCGCCAACGCGCUGCCCAAGUCGACGCAGAGGUGGAGUGCAUGGACCGCAGCCGCCGCACUCGGCCAGGUCUCCCUCGGCAUCUCGACGCUGCUGUACCUCGUCCCCAUCCCGCUCGCGGCCGCGCACCAGGCCGGCGCCGUCGUCGUGCUCUCGUGUCUCAUGGGUCUUGCCGCUUCUAUGCGCCGCCCCACACGCGCAGUGCAGGCUAUGAAGCAGGCUGUCAACCAGGCCAAUGCCGCCUCGCAGGCUGCCGCCAAGCGCUCAUAG